GACGCGCGUCGCUUAGCAACGGGCUGCUGUCCGUAAAGAUGCCGCUGCAGGUUAAGGAUUACACCUGGGACCAGGUGGAGAGCCAAGUGUUUAUAACGGUGCCGCUGAAGGGAGUGAGGGCUGGGAAAGCGGACGUUUUCUGUACAGAGGAUUAUUUAAAGGUGAACUUUCCUCCAUUUCUGUUUGAGGUAAUAUUAUUUGCUUCUAUUGAUGAAUCGAAAAGCUCUGCUAAAGUUGGCAAUGAUGUUGUUAUCUUCACCUUGUGUAAGAAAGAAUCAAGAAUGUGGGAGCAACUUACAACGGUCGAAGUUAGUAAGGAAAAGUUGCAGAAAAGGAGGGAGAAUGCAAUACUUGCUGCUCAAGAAAAGGCACAAGAGGCAGCAAAAGAAAAGGCAAUUAAAAAACGAGAAAAUGAGAAGUACUCAUUGGAAAAGACAAUGAAGAUAGAAGAACAUGCCAGAAAACAGAUUGAAGAGAUGAAAGAACAAGAGCGCAGAAAAGCUACUGAAGAGUUGGAACAGUGGAAGCUGCAGAAGCAUGAAGAAGAGAAAUUAAAGAGAAAGGAGGAACUAAAGCAUGCAAAGCAGAAAAUUGAGGCAGAGAAAAGGAGGAUGAAGAAGAAGGAAGAAGCCAAAAUACAGAAUUCUGACUCACGAACUUCAAACAAACAUUCUGUUAAAGGAGGUACAGCUGCCAACAUGUUUGCUGAAAACUACAAUGACAAAAUCAUCCCAGAUCCCCGUUCAGCUGGCAAUAUUGAAGUACAAUUCACACCACGAGUUUUUCCUACAGCACUGAGAGAAUCUCUUAUUGCAGAGGAGGAAGAGUGGUUAAGAAAACAGGCAGAAGCUAGACGAGCUAAAAAUGCAAAUAUCCCUGAGCUUAAAGACCUGAAAGAAGAGGAAAAAAAUCCAGACUGGCUGAAGGAUAAGGGGAACAAGCUGUUUGCAUCCGGAGAUUAUCUUGCAGCAAUUAAUGCCUAUAAUUUGGGAAUACAAUUGAAUAAUAAACUUCCAGCCCUAUAUCUGAACCGGGCUGCAAGCCACCUUAAACUAAGAAAUUUACACAAAGCCAUUGAAGACUCCUCCAAGGCACUUGAUUUGUUAACUCCUGCUGUUCCAGAUAAUGCAAGUAGCAGAUUGAAAGCCCAUAUUCGAAGAGGAACAGCAUUUUGUGAGCUGGAACUCUACGUAGAAGGCCUUCAGGAUUUUGAAGCGGCUCUCAAGAUUGACCCAAAUAACAAGACAAUACAAGACGAUGCAGAAAAGAUACGGCAAGUGAUUCAAGGAGCCCCUCCAGACCCCUAAAAGCAGGGUAACUCAUCUGGAGCAGAAAAUGGGUGUAAAGAGUAUGAGAAUAUGGAAAAUUGAAAACUAAAAUGAUUAUUUAAAGAAGAAAAGGCAAUAAGUAGCCAAUAAUAGCCCAAUGCUUCCAAUAUCACUGAGAUACAACAAAAGAAGAAACCGGUGAACAAAUAAGGAGGAGAGAAUGAGAUUCAAGGCAAUCUGCUGAAGAACAGUAUCUUAAAAGAAGACAUGACAUCGACAUUAAAGAGUUACUGGACAAUGGUUAUCUGUUGUUAUUCUGAAAUAAUAUAACAAACUUUCACCGGAGUUGUUUUAUUGUUGAUGAUUGCCAUUUUAUUUGUUUUUCUAAAAAAAAAUUCCAAAAUAUAAACCAUGAUAAUUUAAUGAUAAAUAUGGUGUACUAAGGAGAACGAGGAUGAGCAAAUUUUACACUUUCUAACUUGUACUAAGUUACUGUGCUUUACUUA